AUGACACAGAUGAUAAAGAAUACUCAGACUCAAGCUGAAGGUAGUGGAAGCACUGCGAUGGAUAAGAAUUUAAAGUUAUUCCAAGAUAUGAAGCCACCAUCAUUUGUGGGAGGUGGAGUUAUAGAGGCGGAGGAUUGGUUAAUGAAGGUUGAGAAGAUUUUGGAAGGAAUGUUAUGCCCUCAUGAUAGAAGAGUUACUUUAGCAGCAUAUGCCUUCAAUGGGGAAGCAGAAAGAUGGUGGAGAAGUCAGUUAGAAGAAACUUUUGGUGGGAGAUCUAGCAGCCAAGUGACAUGGGAUGAGUUUGUUAAGGUGUUUAGGGAUUGGUAUGUACCAAUGAAUGCUAUGAGGUCAAUGCAAGACAAAUUUAUGAGAUUGGUGCAAGGUGACAGAACUAUUAAGCAAUAUGAGGCUGAUUUCACUAUGCUUUCUAGCAUUAGACAGCCAUUGGUUCUCUUGGGUAUUGAAGAUUACUCUACUUUAGUUGAGAGAGCACGGAAGAUUGAGCUGGAUUUGCAGAGUACUCAGAGGAGAAGAGAUUUUCAGAAAAGGAAGAAUUCUGAAGAGGAUAUUCAAAGCAACCAGACUGAGGGAUCAAAUGGGAAGAAGCCCAAGUUCAGUUCUAGUGGAGACAGUGGUGCAACUGUAAGUAAAGUCACUGAACCUUGUGCUAAGUGUGGCAGAUUACAUAAAGGUGAAUGUUUGAUUGGUUCCAACACUUGCUAUUGGUGUCAUCAGCCUGGACACAUAGCAAAAUAUUGUCCUGCUUUGGCUCAAAAGACUUCAUGA